AUGAAUCCAAGUAGUACUCAUCUUUCUAGAAAUGCAUCCUAUUCGAUGCCACACGAAAGUCAAAUAAAUCCAUAGUUUCUUGCUAAAAUUGCUGCUAUGGUACCCUAUAAUUCAGAUAACAAAAAGAAAUUUUUUAGGGUCGAUAAUGUUCUCAAACCAAAAAAGAAGCCAGAUCCUCUUGAGGAAGAACUAGAAAACGAAAUAAGAAAGAAUUUUGAAAGAAGAUUUAUUAAACAAACCUUUAGUUGGACCUUAGUCUAAUUAUAUUAUCAACAUUACAAAAAAGUGAAUAAGGUUCGUUAAUAAAAUGAGUUCUUCAACAUUUCAGAUAGUGUGUAAACUGCAAAGCUUAGUUAGGCAGAAUAAAUUGAUGUAUUACCUUGUUAGAUAGGAGUUGUCAAAACUAAAGGCAGUGAAUAAUCUCUUUAGAUUAGUCAUUAGAAAUAUGGAGAUAGAUAUGCAUCAAUGUUAAGUGAGGGUUUGAAAGUCAAUCCAAAUAUCAAAGAUUUUUAUAUGGCAAAUAAUAGAAUUCAAAGUUCAGGAGCAACUAAACUAUUGAAUUAAAUUGGAAAGGUGGCCAAGGUUCUCGAUCUUUAAUAAAAUAACAUUGGAAAAAUAGGAACAGAUUCAAUUUGGUAGCAAAUAUAAUCAAGGGAAAAUAAAUUAGAAGUAUUAAAUUUAGAGGAUAAUAAAUUAGGAGACAGAAAUGUAACUCGUAUUUUGAAGGCAUUAUUGAAUAGCAAUAAUAAGUUGAAAUCACUAAAUGGUAGCAAAAAUUAUUUGACUAAUGAUAUUGCAGAGAUUAUUAAGGAAAGCAUUAUUCAAUUAGAUAAUAUGGAGUAAUUAUAUAUUCAUUGGAAUUAAAUAAAAGGGUGGGGAGGGUAGAAGAUAUUUGAAGGCUUAAUAGAGAAUAAGACUUUAUUGGUAUUUGAUGCUGGUUGGAAUAGCUUUGGAAUCUAAGAGAGAAAGAUGUGUAACGUAUAUAGAAGAUAUACGAUUUUUUGCUUACUAAUAAGACUGUGUUGCAUUUUGAUUUAUCAUCCAAUCAAUUUAAUUUAACAAAUGCAUUAAAACAGAACAAUAUAUGGAUUUCAUUUUGUGAAUAAUUAGGGAGUUGUUGAUGCAAGAGGAUUCUUAUAGAGAUAGAAGAACGAAUUAUAGCGAGUCUUAGGAGAAACACCUAGAAUCAAAGGAUUAUAGUAGACUACAACAAUCAGAUAGGAAAAUGUGUGUUGGAUAUGUGAAGGUUUGUAAGUGUAGAAGUUUACUUGGACACCUGAUGCUUCAGGAGAAGGUGAAGCAGAUCCUUUAUUUAUUCAUUUGGAUUUCGAGGCCUAUAAAUAAGUGUAUAUUCCUAAGAUUUAUGAUCAAAUAACGUUAACUUUAAUGAUCCCUACAAAUACUACCUAAUAUAUUUACACUAUGAAUGAUACAUAAGUGAUUGCUAAUGAUUAACCUAAUGUUCCUUAUGGACACUAAUUAAAAAUUAAUUACAAUUAUAACUAUAUAAGUGUUUUGAUGGAUAAUGUGAAUUAGGUAAAGAAGGACAAACAUUUUCAAACUUUUGAUUAAGUUGAAUUCAAACCUUUAUUUGGUGUGUUACCUAGAACACCAGAUCCAGUUUAUAUACCUCCAAAAUUGAAAAAACAAAAGAGAUAUGGACAUUUCCCAUUUCUAUUUGGGCUAAAGAUUUUAAAUUUGAGAAAGGGGAUUUAUUAAAGAAAUGCUUUGAAAAAGACUUUUCUUGUAAAUCCUGAUGAAUUCUUAGAAAUUAAGACUGUUUUGUGGGCACAUUAUAAAUUAAUUAAGGAAACUUAUAAAUAAUAUAGUUCUAACAGUCCAACAGGGGAUAUGUGGUCAAUAUCUUCAAAUGUUAUUACAGAGUUUGCUUAAUAAACAGAACUUAUAGAUGGAAAAACAUUAAAAUUAUCAGAUUUGGAAUUGAAAUUCAUUGCAACUUGUGCAGCCUCAAUCGAAUACAAAGAAAUUUUAGAAAUCCAGAACGAACUCUUUGUAGAUUUUAAUUUAUGGAGUUUCUUGUAAGUGUUUCAGAGGAUAAGUACUUGGAAACUAAAAGGCAACAAAAAUGAUAUUAGAGCAAUGUAAACAUAUAUGUCCAUUUUUAUGCAUACAAGUGGAGGGAUGAAAGAAAUUUCAAUGAGCAAUUUGACGAUUGCUUGA